CCCAAACAGAAAAACCUUCAGCCAUUGCGCGCGCGCCUCCCAGGGGUGCAGCCUUUCUCUUUGCUUUUUGCAUAGACUCACGGGCAAUUAAAUACAAAAAGAGGCAAGCCUCAGAAGCUUUCCUUCCCCCACCCCCCCUCCCUCUUGCCCUCGGUGUGUAACACAGCCAGGUGUGGGGUAGAGUGGUUGCACUGCCUUUUGCACCAGUACGGCGAGGAGGGGGGUGGAUUUUCUUCACCUUUUUCUCUUUGUCAAAGGGCUUGGCAUCGGUUUUUCUUUUCGCUACUUCCUCGCCGCCUCACCACUUCCCAGCCCCCCUUCUCCCCCUUCCCACCUAUCGUCAUGACGGCGUCUCCUGAUUACUUGGUGGUGCUUUUUGGGAUCACUGCCGGGGCCACAGGAGCCAAGUUGGGUUCGGACGAGAAGGAACUGAUCCUCCUACUGUGGAAAGUGGUGGAUCUGGCCAACAAGAAGGUGGGACAGUUGCACGAAGUACUAGUUAAACCGGAUCACUUGGAACUGACUGAAGACUGCAAAGAAGAAACCAAGAUCGACACAGAAAGCCUGUCCUCAGCCCCGCAGCUGGAGCAAGCCCUCCGACAGUUCAAUCAAUCUGUCAGCAACGAAUUGAAUAUUGGGGUAGGGACUUCCUUCUGUCUUUGUACUGAUGGCCAGCUUCAUGUCAGGCAAAUUUUGCACCCUGAAGCUUCCAAAAAGAAUGUAUUAUUGCCUGAAUGCUUCUACUCAUUUUUUGAUCUCCGGAAAGAAUUCAAGAAGUGUUGCCCUGGUUCACCUGAUAUUGACAAAUUGGAUGUUGCAGCAAUGACAGAUUGUUUACAUCUUGAGAAGGGUGUUUCAAUAUCCCGAUAUGGAGCCUCUGAAGUUGAAGAUAUGGGGAAUGUUAUUCUGACAAUGAUUUCAGAACCAUACAAUCACAGGUUUUCAGAUCCAGAGAGAGUGAAUUACAAAUUUGAAAGUGGAACUUGUAGCAAGAUGGAACUGGUGGAUGAUAACACCAUAGUCAGGGCCAGAGGCUUGCCAUGGCAAUCAUCAGACCAAGAUAUUGCAAGAUUUUUCAAAGGCCUUAACAUUGCCAAAGGAGGUGCUGCACUUUGUCUGAAUGCCCAGGGUCGAAGGAAUGGAGAAGCAUUGGUCAGGUUUGUGAGUGAAGAGCACAGAGAUCUUGCACUGCAGAGACACAAACAUCACAUGGGGAAUAGGUACAUUGAGGUUUACAAAGCAACAGGUGAAGAUUUCCUUAAAAUUGCUGGUGGUACUUCCAAUGAAGUAGCCCAGUUCUUGUCCAAAGAGAAUCAGGUCAUUGUGCGCAUGCGAGGACUUCCUUUCACUGCCACAGCAGAAGAAGUAUUGGCUUUCUUUGGACAGCAUUGCCCUAUCACAGGGGGGAAGGAAGGCAUUCUAUUUGUCACAUAUCCUGAUGGUAGGCCAACUGGGGAUGCUUUUGUCCUAUUUGCUUGUGAGGAAUAUGCACAGAAUGCACUGAGGAAACACAAAGACUUGCUGGGUAAAAGAUAUAUUGAACUCUUCAGGAGCACUGCAGCUGAAGUUCAGCAGGUGCUGAAUCGGUUUUCUUCUACACCUCUCAUUCCACUCCCAACUCCCCCUAUCAUUCCUGUACUACCUCAACAAUUUGUGACCCCCACCAAUGUCAGAGACUGCAUACGUUUAAGAGGACUUCCUUAUGCUGCCACUAUUGAGGACAUAUUGGAAUUUUUGGGAGAAUUUUCCAGUGCUAUUCAAACCCAUGGAGUUCAUAUGGUAUUAAAUCAUCAGGGUCGCCCAUCAGGAGAUGCCUUUAUCCAGAUGAAAUCUGCAGACAGAGCAUUUAUGGCUGCACAAAAAUGUCAUAAAAAGACUAUGAAGGACAGAUAUGUUGAAGUCUUUCAGUGUUCAGCUGAGGAGAUGAACUUUGUGUUAAUGGGGGGCACUUUAAAUCGAAAUGGCUUAUCCCCACCGCCAUGUAAGUUACCAUGUUUAUCUCCUCCUUCCUACACGUUUCCAGCCCCUGCAGCAGUGAUCCCAACGGAAGCUGCACUUUAUCAGCCUUCUGUCCUUCUGAGUCCCCGGACACUACAGCCCUCCACAGCCUACUAUCCAGCUGGCACACAGCUUUUCAUGAACUACACAGCAUACUAUCCCAGUAUGCAGCAGAGAAUGGAGUUGUACACACAAAUGACCAGGCAAGGAUACUGCCCAAAGAAUGGGUUUGUAUUUAAGGGCCCCAGCAGUUAGACCAUCCUCAGAAAAGAAGUGUUUGAGAGAUUUAAGGUGGACCUGAAACCCUCAGAAACCAGAGAACUCUUGGAAACUUCAGAGAGAGUUUUACAUUCAGGCUGCAGUAUUCUCAGCAACACAUUUUGACAAGGACCAGGGGCCCUACUUUUUGGUGGAGUAAAAACUUGAGCCAACAAAGCCAAAUCUUAUAGAUGUUAUUGCCUUUGCAAGCAGCAUAUAGCACUCCUGGCUCUGUGCUAAUCACAGAUAGACAUUUAAAAUGUGAAUUUGAUAUCCAAGGUCCUUAUUCCCUUUUAGUCAGAGAUUUACAUCCUGUGGCAUCUCAAGCAUUGCCCAUAUGGAAUUCUUAGGAUCUUAACAGCAAAAAGAGAAAUAAAACAUAAUCUACUAUCUCCAAGAAUCAGUAAUGAUUUGGAGGUCUUAUUUAAUUUUUUGUUUUUUUCUAGUCUUCUCUAAGAACCAUCUCACCUCAUCCCUUCUACUAAGCAAAUUAUGAACAGAGAAAAGCAUAACUUGAAUUUUUCCUGACUUCUUUGCCACAAUGCCUUAUAAUCCAAACAUUGAAAUGAUUCCUUUCUUCUUUCCCAGCCCCACCCCUCCCCACUUCCUAAGACUUUGGUCUUAGGGAAUAUAUGGAGGAACACUUAAGAAAGCAUAACAAUAAAAAGGUGUAGCUUCUUUGAAAAAAAAAAAAAA